AUGAGCACUAUCAACCAAAGCGAAGCAGAUCGGGUGUUACACCUUAAGAGUCGAGAGCGAGAGGCCCAUGCAUGCUACGCAUGUAGAAAGCGCAAGGUCAAAUGUGAUGGGGGCCAACCAUGUCGUACCUGUCAGAAGCGAAAACACCCUGAGAUCUGUACCUACACCGUUGCGAAUUCGAGGCGCAGAUUGGCUUCUCGUCAUAGCGUCGCACGCUUGGCUUCGCCAAAAUCACCGGUCAUAGCAGACAAUGAACCAGCGCUGCUUGAUGAUAGUUCCAAGAAUUAUGUCUAUUCUGGUGAUAAUUCGGUUGUUUCGCUCCUGCGCCUGCGAGCAUCAGACGCCAAUGAAUCAGUGGCCCGCGAAGUUGGAUCUGUUCUUGGCCUGCGGAAUACCUUCAGCAACUUUCCUUUCAUGGACCCGAAAACGCCUCUCGAGAGAUGGAAGUCACUGUUGACUAUAAUGCCUCAAAGAUCAGAGGCCUUGAAAUUCUUCCACUUCUUUCGUAUCAUGGCAUAUCCAUUCAAUCCAAUACUAGCUGACAUAGACCGCUUUGAAUCUGACUUGUGCACCUAUCUCAAUGCCCACGCAUCUGGUGAAUUAUGCGACCCGGAGAAGAUCACUGAUCGCUGGGCAACCGAUAAGUCUAUUGGCCAUGUCAGCCUUUUACUGGCAACAUUGGCCUCAGGGGCGCAUUACUCCGAUAUCGAUUAUCCCGAACGACUUGAGCUGUCAAUUGACUUCGCUCGUCGAUCAUUUGAUGCUCUCCGCUUGGCCAAUUUCCUUUUUCGGCCAUCACUAGAUAUUAUACAAGCGCUACUUAUAUUGGGGAAUACCUUGCAGAAUGUGGGACAGUCAGAUGCCGCCUGGGCGCUAUUGGGCACGACAAUCCGACUAGCUCAGACCAUGGGCUUGCACACUGAAAGCAGUACUGUUCACUGGCCCGAGCAGGUGAGAAUGAAGGCAAGGACUCUUUGGUCAACAAUUAUCUGUCAGGAUAGUUUACUGUGCCUUCGCUAUGACCGACCACCUAUUGUCUCCGUGACGAGAUGGUCUCUUGCCAACUCAUUUUUCGACAGACAAGACCUGUCCUACAUAGAAGUAAUGCACUUGCUAUGCCAUAUCAGCUUAGAUAGCAUGCGACCGGAAAGCCCCAGCGUUGCUGAAUUUGAUCGAGCAUUAGAAGCGCUGCAGCGGCUGGAUGAUGCCCAUCAACGCGGCCUACGAUAUCUUCGAUCACGAGAAGGUUGUACGACACUACAACAACAUCUUGAGCAUUUAGCUCUCAGAAUGCACACCUCUUUCUGUGUAUCGGUCUUCUGCCGACCGGCAAUAAAGCAAUCCACUCCACAGCCUUUUCACCCCCAUGCUGGUAUUCUUCGGGCUCGUGCUAAGGAGAGCUUGAUCGAUGCUUCCGAGGCAUUUCUUGAUUUCCAAGCAUUAAGUACUAUUCCAUUGCGGAACUGGUCAAUGGUGCAUACAGUGUUAAGUUCAACCCUGCUUCUCUGCAUUUGGGAAGAGACGCGCAACGACCCUGAAUGCCGCAACCUCCAACAGAAAGUGAUCCAUGUCUUCUCAUCCUCUAAUUCAAGAACCAACGAUGAUGGUGCUGCGUUUUCCGAGAGUAAUAGCCAGUGGUUAUCGGAUCGCCACAUCCGAGCCUUGGUGACCCUACGAAGCGCCCUGGACAGAGAACAGGAGACGGGCACUACCGAAACAGAGAGCUGGGCAGGAAUGGAUUUGAAUAUGGAGCCGCAAUUCGUCCCAGGGCCCAUUGGGUCCAUGAACAUGCCCGACUCAUUCGAUGUAUCACCCAUCACAUAUCUGGACUCGAUUAUGAACUUCCCGAUAUUUGAUUAUACACAGGAAAAUGGAUUCCUGUGA